AUGCACUCCUCGAUAUUAUUGACGGCAGCACUUGGUGCCAUGUCGGUCAUUGCCGCUCCCACAUACCCGAGCCUCAACACCCACGCCGCAGAACCGGGCGCCCUGGACACCGUCUCAGAGUAUUUCAACAUGUUGGCAACCAAGGUCCAAGAGAGUCGACAGAUGGCUGUUGCACCAGUCUGUGACCUUUCCACUGUGCAGAUGCCCGAAGCUCCUACGCCUCUACCUGCAGUGAGCGAAGGCUUGACAUUGAAGCAUGUGGCGGUUGGCCGUGGUACCCAGAACUACACCUGCGACACAACGAAUGCUACAGCCGCCCCGGUGGCUAUUGGCGCCAUGGCAACUCUUUUCAACGCCAGCUGCCUCAUCUCCACCUACCCGGACCUUACCAACAUGAUCACCAGAAUGGCAUUGAAAUUCGACUUGUCGGCCGAGGAGACAAAGCUGGGACCGAGCAACCUGGCCAUCUCUGGCCAACACUACUUCACCAACAUGACCACCCCCUUCUUCAACCUGGACCGACCCAACUUGCAGCUGGGCGAGGCUCCCUGCCAGAAGCUCAACGCGACCAGCGCCCCCACAGAUGCUGCCAAGGGUCCCGACGGUGCCUCUGCUGUCCCGUGGUUGAAGCUAUCGACGCGUGCCGGUGCCACUGGUGACUUGCAAGAAGUCUACCGCGUCGAAACGGCAGGAGGCAGUGCGCCGGCUACCUGCGCAGGCAUGCCAGCAACUUUCGAGGUUCAAUACUCGGCACAGUAA